AUGGCUGUAGUCUUCUGUGCGGUGGAGAAGCCGUGGACGAGCGCGCCGCUGAGCACGCGCCGCGGCCGCCCGGACGACGCCGUGGCGGCGCCCACGACGGAGUUCGCCAAGCAGCCAAAGAAGCGGCACCACAAGAAACACUUCCCGAAGCGCUCCAAGGAGCGCCUCCAGCACUCGCUGCUGCUCGACGACAGCGGAGACUUCGUCGCCGUUGGUGGCUUGAACCACACCGACGCGAUGCUGCGGGCCGCGGCCGCCGGGCGCGCCGGCGGGGAACCCGAGCGGGACCAGGACACACACCGACAGACGCUCCGGCCAUGGCUUCCGAGCGAGCAAGAGUUCUACGUGCACACCGCGCGCCCCGACAGCGUCGAGAUACAUCUCACCGCGGACACAGCGAGGGACAAGGACGCACGGGGAGACAGAGACAGGACACCAGAAGACACUAAGAUCAGUAUCGACGAUACACACAGAGACAAGCUCGACAGGGACAGCGCACACAAGGACGACAACAACAAGGCGCGCUCGGAGGCCAUCGCGCGGCACGCGUCCGUGUACGAGUUCAAGAAGGUGGCCGACGAGCGCGGCCGCAAGGAGCGGCGCGGGGGCAAGACCCGUGCGCAGAUGCUGAGCGAGAUACAAGGCAAACCGUUGGAAGAGAACCGCUCGUGGUCGCCCGCGCGGCACUCGGCGGACGUCGAGAAGGACUCGUGGGCCCCGUGGGACCCGUGGGGGCCGCGCGAGGCCGGCGCCGCGCCCGACGUGGUGCUCGACACGCGGUGAGGCCGGCCUGCUCUAUUAACAAGCUUAUUUGUGAAUAAAAUAGAAAAAAAAAAAAAACAAGGAGAGACCCAACUGUCCGGCUCCGAUUUCAUUUAUUUUUAUAUAUGUUAUAGACUAUUCUAAAAUAACUGACACGUAUUUUUUUGGCUGCCCCAACUCAACCU